UUGAAAAUCUGGGACCGCAAAACACGAGCGUCCGCUCUCGACCACGGCUGAAACUUGUUUCCUCAUGGGUCCAAAUCGACAGCCAACUUAUCCCCGUCCUCCGAAAGGAGGGCCCGAAGCCCAUGUUGUUUUAACUGGGUCUAGGCCCCGCCUCGCGCUGUGAAGCGAGCCGGGGGAGGUCAAUAACAACAACGGCAGCAUAUCUUCGUUUGUUCCGGAACGAGCCCAGUAAAGUGCUCAAGGCCGAGAGGGAGAAAUGUUUCUCGUGGGAAAUGAAGCAGUUGAGUUAUUGCCAUGUUUAUCUGUCACCGUCGAGCCAAAUGAUUCUUGGAACGAAACAGCCAUUUGAAGCUCGAACGAUUGUGGUUGCUACACUGGCUGAACUGAACGUUCCUUCCUAGUGACAAGCAGGACACUUCAAUGCUACAUGUCCUAGUCCUCACUAUGCUGUCAAGCUCAUUGCUCGGUAACUUUGUGCACAUAAAAUGAAUAUCACGUUGAACACCACCGAAUUAAAGUCGCAAUAGAUAAAUUAAAAUUUUUAGGAGCCUGUCCUUAUGUUGUAGUUUCCGCAUAAUAAAUGUCGUUAUAUUAGUGCACGAGGCAAUGAAAUACAUGAAAUUCGACGUGUACGAUCAUAAUAAAUCCAAAAUCAUCCCCGUGUAGGCAAGUGUGAGGAUUCUUCAUUUAAAUGAGCUUACCCAUGUCGGGAUGGUGAAACUAACACAAUAAUAACAGUUGUACUUGUAUUUUUUCUAGUUUUUUUUUAUGCAACACGAGAAAUGUAGUUCAAGUCGAAUUCUCAUGAUCUGCUAGGUAAACCAAAUAAUAAUAAAAACAAGUUGACAUUCAGGUCAGUGUUGAUAUAAUCUAGGCUCGUGAGCUAAAGAAGAAAAGUGUCAGUGGCAACGAGCAUCGACAGAAUUGUUAGUGGCAACGAGCGGUGACAAUACCAUUAGUGGAAACGAGGGGUGAAAGUACCAUUAGUGGCAACGAGUGGCUACAGAAUUGUUGGUGGCAGCGAGCGGUGACUGUGUCGUUGUGGCAACGAGCGCUGACAUGACUCUUCAGGCGAAGCUACGUGUUGCUGAGCUCAAGGUGCUGAAGCGGGAGGAAGAGACUCUCAAGACCCUCCUUAGUAAAUACAAGUACCAGCUCAAUGCCUUAAAGGUGGAGGAGUUCACGCUGUUGACGCAGCUAGGCAAGGCGCAGGAUCGCGAGAGACGGUCUCGCAACAGCACACCGAACAGCGGCGGCGCGCACCACAGCGACUCGAGACCACCUUCUGUCGCUGCACGAGGGUCUCGACUGUCGAGCAGAGCCAGCUCGACUGAGACGCCUCCGCUCUCUGAACACGGAUCAGUGGUCGGAGAAACUCCGCCGCAUGGCUCUCCGUUUCCCGAGGAUAUUUGAACGAAUAUUCACUGCACGAUGGACCAUCGCCUGCAGUUUCCGCUCAUCAGCGUACCUGACCAGUGAUGAAGCAGCUUUAAACUUCAUUCGUUCUUUUACAAGAGAGGAAAUUUUAUUAAGUGAUGUAUCACAUUUAAUUUACUGACUGUGAGUAGAAAUAAAAUUUUUGCAGAAAUU